AUAAUUUUUUAGUCAAUUAUUAUGACUUCAGACUUCGUGUCAACACUUGAUUUGUCUUCAAAUGACUUUCUUCUACACACAAGUCGUGAUCACAUCUCUGGCGGAGAUUUUUUCUUUAACCAAUUGUUACACUCGACAGUCAAAAAAGGUGAACAAGUGUUAGUGAUAGUGGCGGCAAAUAGUUGGCAACAUUAUCGCAAUAUCGCCGCCAAACUGGCCAUUAAUGUCACACAACUUGUCGAUAGACAACAGAUCCGUAUAAUUGAUUUGUUAGCUAAAGACGAAGAAUUCAAUUUUAAGACAUUUGUCGACCAAUUGGAUCAACAAUUAUCUCUAUUGUCGGCCAAAAGUGUUGUUUUAAUCGACGAUUUGAGUCAUUUCUUUGUAUUGGGCGUCGACUUCCUCUCCAUAUAUAAGUUGGUCCACAAGUUAAGAGUCGAUUGUCACGAACGAGACAUUCUUCUGGCCAUUGGAUCGCAUUAUCCGACUGAAGAGGACGACGAAGAAGUGAACCGUUUUGUCGUGUCUUUGGCUUAUAAGUGCGAUAUUUGGUGUCAAACUGACAAACAAUCGGCGGGUUAUUCACCAUUAGUUAGUGGAUGUCUUCGUGUCUACAAAAGAGGCGAAAAUCAUAACAAAGAAUUUAAUUAUAAGAUAACAGACAGAAGUGUCAAACUUAUGACAAUUGGUUCACAACUUUAUUAAAGUUUUUAAAAAAAAAAAAAUUAUUCGUUUUGUGCUU